UGGUAAUGGUUAGCAGUAGGUAGCUAUCGCUUCGAGUAAACAUGCAGAAGUGUUUUGAACUGUCCAGGAGAGAUAUAUUGGCUUAAUUUGUUUUCUCCGGACGCUUAGAAGAAUACGUCAACGGAUUUAAAGUUAUAAAGACGGAUACCUUUAGCGCAAGAAAUGGGUUUGUAAUGUACACGUUAGUUAGUUAGUUAGUUAGUUAUUUUAUUUUUAACCUGUUAGCUAACGUUAGCAGCAAGGAUAGGACAGUACACUUGUCUCAUCUGCUUAUGCUAAAAGUAAACUAACUUGUUUUGUAGGUAACGCGAUAUUACAAAAUACUACCAUUUAAACAUGGAAUCUGUCUUAUACAUUCAUAAGUCAAGAUAAUGUCAGCGAUAGCCUCAUUUAAACCUGAAUGAAACUUGUUUUAAACAUAUAUUUAUUGAUAGUUGAAGGUGCUAGAGUAAAGCUGGACAGUCACAUCCUCGACUGUCUACGCCAUAUAGUGUAACAGAAAUAAUGCCUUGAAAGUGCACUUCUUUUGUAGGACUUUGUAUAAGUAAAUAGUAAGUUUGUAAGCUUUUCACCAUGGCAAGUGCCUUAGCAGCAAAAAUGGGAUUCAACUCAUUGUUAAGAAAACAAGCCAAGAACUUCAACGUCAGGAUCUGCACAAUGGAGUCAGACAUGGAGUUCAGCUGCGAGGUCAAGUGGAAAGGGAAAGACCUUUUUGACUUUGUGUGUCGAACUCUGGGGCUGAGGGAGACGUGGUUUUUUGGACUCCGGUACAACAUCAAGGACACCGUUGCUUGGCUGAAGAUGGAAAAGAGGGUUCUGGAUCAGGAGGUACCGAAGGAAGAACCAAUCACUCUUCACUUCCUGGCCAAGUUUUACCCUGAAAAUGCUGAGGAGGAGCUCGUGCAGGAUAUCACACAGCAUCUCUUCUUCCUACAGGUGAAGAAGAACAUCCUGGAGGAGGAGAUUCACUGUCCUCCUGAAGCCUCUGUGCUGCUGGCCUCAUACGCGGUCCAUGCCAAGUACGGAGAGUACGACCCCAAUGUCCACAAGCCUGGCUUCCUGGCCGAGGAGGAACUUCUUCCAAAGAGGGUGAUAAACUUGUACCAGAUGACUGCAGAAAUGUGGGAGGAAAGGAUCACGGCGUGUUACGCAGAGCACAGGGGCAGGACGAGGGAAGACGCUGAGGUGGAGUAUUUAAAAAUAGCUCAGGACCUGGACAUGUAUGGCGUCAAUUACUUUUUAAUCAGGAAUAAAAAGGGAACAGAUCUUCUCCUGGGAGUGGACGCCCUGGGGCUGCACAUCUACGAGCCGGACAACAGGCUGACACCAAAGUGCUCUUUCCCCUGGAAUGAGAUCCGCAACAUCUCCUACAGCGACAAGGAGUUUACCAUCAGACCUCUCGGCAAGAAAACCAAUGUUUUCAAGUUCAACUCUUCGCGUCUAAGAGUCAACAAGUUGAUCCUCCAGUUGUGUAUAGGGAACCAUGACCUGUUCAUACGCCGCCGCCGGGUGGACUCGCUGGAAGUCCAGCAGAUGAAAUCUCAGGCCAGAGAGGCGAGGGCCCGAAAACAGGUAGAGAGGCAGCGUCUGCAGCGGGAGAAGCAGCUGCGGGAGGAGGCAGAGAGAGCCAGGGACGAGCUGAAGAGGAGGCUGAUUCAGCUGCAGGACGAGGCCCACAUGGCCAACGACGCACUGCUGCGUUCGGAGCAGACAGCGGACCUGCUGGCUGAGAAGGCCCAGAUCGCAGAGGAGGAGGCUAAGCUGUUGGCCCAGAAAGCUGCAGAGGCCGAGACAGAAAUGCAACGCAUCAAAGUGACGGCCAUCCGUGGCCAGGAGGAGCGGCGGCUCAUGGAGCAGAAGAUGCUGGAGGCAGAGAUGCUGGCCCUCAAGAUGGCCGACGAAUCGGAGAGGAGGGCCAGAGAGGCUGAGCAGCUGAGACAGGACCUGCAGGAAGCCAAGGAGUCGGAGCGCAGGGCCAAGCACAAACUGCUGGAGAUCACCAGCAGGGCUGUCUACGCGUCCCCUGGCCUGCCAUCUGACAGCAUGCCUCCCGACCUGAGCUUCAGCAGGGAGAACCUCAGCUUUGACUUUAAAGACACCGACAUGAAACGCCUCUCCAUGGAGAUCGAGAAGGAGAAAGUGGAGUACAUGGAGAAGAGCAAGCACCUGCAGGAGCAGCUGAAUGAGCUGAAGACAGAGAUUGAGAGUCUGAAGAUGAAAGAGAGAGAGACUCCUCUGGACAUCAUUCACAACCAGAACACCGAGCAGGGGACCAGCAAGCACAGCAACUUUAAAAAGCUAACACUACAGAGCACCAAGACCCGGGUGGCCUUCUUCGAGGAACUGUAAACUACGUACCUGUAAAGGUGGGGAUGCACACCUGCCAAGAACCUCAUCACUCUACAUUCCUGGUUGGUUUAAAUGAUUGGCCGCCACUGUGAGACCUUAUGCUCUUACUGGGAAACCACUAUGAGACAGAAGAAAAUGACCACUGCCUUUAUCUGCUUAUAUGGUGAACACAUAAUGUCACUGCUCUAAAUCUGUGUGUGUUUACAGUCCGAGUGUGUGAAUACAGCACAUUCUCAGUGAAUACUUUGGAUGGGUAUUGGUUUUUUACUCAUGCGAAGAACAAAGGUAGAUGAUGAGAAGGAAUAACAUCGGUCUUUGACUGAUCCGGUUCCACUGUGGCUGUAAUGAGACAGUCAUUUUAAUUUAAGAAUUGUUAUUAUAUAAGUCUUGGAUGAUCUACUUUUUUUGACUGUUUUUAAAUUCUAAUAGAAAUAGACUUCUAAGGGAUAAAGUUAAACAAAAGAACAAAUUGAUUAUAAGAAAUGUUGCCCUUACCUGACUCAAAUAUUUGAUAUUUAGUAAGGGCCGUCUAGACUGCCAUUUUGAUUUCUAAUGCAAAAAAAAAAUCCUUAAAGUAUGUUGUUUAACAUAUUACAUUACAUGUUAGACACUUUUAUCCAAAACGACUUACAUACUCAAUACUGUGGGCAAUUCCCACAGGAGCAAUUUGGGGUGAAGUGUCUCAGGGACACAACGGCAUGCUGACUGCAGUGGGGUUUGAACCUGUGACCCCCUGGUCCCUACACCAAUGCUCUAUCCACUGCGCCACACGCCUCCAACAUAUCUUUUUAUUUUAUGGAAUGUUUAAAUAAGGCAUGAAGGCCAUUAUACCAUUCAUUGUUAAUACUGGGAGUUGAUGGGCCGUGGUAGAUAUUAAUGAUACUAUAAACUGAAAAUCCACUUAUGUCACUUAUUACGAGUCAUUUGUCUUGGUUUUGUUGUUUGGUUUCCUACAUCUCAAACUGUGUUUCCAUGUUUGUGUCUUAAUGCAAUUGUUAUGGUAAAUGUAAACAUAUUGUUGUGCACGAGGCCUUUGGACCUGUGUUUACAUCCUGUGAUACACAGAGGAGUCGUGUUUCUCUGCCUGCCUCACACUUUUUUAGGAUGCCGUUACACAUUGUAGCGAAGGAACUAGGAUUCUUUGCGAGCUUGUGUCACAUCUGUCCGUGUUUUGUGUGUUUGUGAAGACAGCCAGUCAACCACUUAUAUCAAAAAACAUGAAUUUGCAUCUAUUUUGAAUGAAUGUGUCUUUUUGAGUUACUGUGUGCUUUUCCUCUGAAAGCAAUUUAUUAUUACAAUGUGAAGGAAAUAUAUUUCUUUCAGGAUUGCAUUUAACAAUAUUAUUAAGCAGUAUUUGAAAAAAACACUAGGUAAAGUUACCUUUUAUAACUAGAUAUCAAUUUUUUACAGAAACAUUGUACCAUAUAUGUAUGUUUUUA